AUGGGGGGACAACCUCUUCUGAAGACCAGGUUUCCAUUUUGUGCACUAGUAUCUCAGUACUCUCUGUAAAUACAUCUUCCCAUCUUCUCAGUCAUCACUUGGAGGAAGACAAGGCAGCAAUGCCUAUACAAUAAUAGAUGUUACGUUGGGGACCUGUAUUUCACAGCAUAAGCUGGAAGUUUCUUUGAGGUGGAAACAACUGCCACAAUUGUGGAUUCACUUUCUAAUAAAUUCAUUCUGCGAUGCCAUGACAGAUGUGAUGAACUUUAUGGUGACACAUGCUCAGCUGCCUACCUUGAUGUACAGGAUGCAGUGCAGUCAGUGGGCACAGAAUUUAAUGUGGAGUCUGUCAGUGCAAUUUUUGGGUACACAAAUGCAAAUGACUAUGCUGAUUUGGCAGCCCUCCAUCUCAGCAAUGUUCAGCAGCCAUCCUAUGGGGUGCUCAUUGGCUGUGAAAAGUCUGUGGGAAUUCUAGUACAGGUUAAUGGCCUUUGUGCCCUGAUUGACAGCCUUAUUCAUGGCAACAGUGCUGCCAUCACACUACAGGCAGCCUCUUAA